CAGCAGCAGUGUCAGCGCGCAUUAAGCGUUAAUCCCCCAGCUGGUCAAAAACCCGAGCCUGCUGCGAUAUGGCCUACCGCCGCUGCGCCGCACAACCACAACCCAUACGCAACUCCACCCAAAAACCAGCGUCGCAUCGCACGCGCAAGCGCAGCACGAGCACAGUGAGGAGGAGCUUAGCUUAGCCUAGCUAGCUUAGCUCUACCAAAAGCUCUCUGUAGCUUGCUUGCUGCCCAGUAUUGGGAGGGGCCGAAGGGCAAUGGUGGGAGGCAGCCGUCUGUUCCUCCUCCUCCUCCUACCUUUGCUGCUGCUGCUGCUGGGCGCCGGCUGCAGAGAUGGCCGCCGGUGCGCCGCCGCGGCCGCGCAGACUCAGAGGCUGCCGCAGCAAGAAGUUGAAGCACUUAAGGGAAUAGCACGCAAGCUUAACAAGAUGGAUUGGGACUUCAGUGUGGAUCCAUGCACUGGGUCUAAAACUUGGGUUAAUGCCAGUGAUUCCAAUAGUUACCCAAAAUCUAGUUAUCCUAAUUUUCCAGUCAGCAAUCUGACAUGUGAUUGUUCAUUCAAGAACAACACAGAGUGUCAUGUUAUCAGCUUGGAACUUAUGCGUCAGAAUCUUAGUGGAGUUCUACCUGAAGAAGUUGUCAACCUCACUUAUUUGACAAAUCUUGACUUAUCACGCAAUUUCAUCCAAGGACCAAUUCCAGCAUCAUGGGCUAGCCUACCUGUUUUUAAUCUGUCUCUCCAGGGAAAUCGCAUAUCUGGAACAGUACCUAAGGAGCUUGGACGCAUGCCCUUCUUGAAAUCUAUAAAUCUAGAAGGCAAUCAGCUUGAGGGUCAUAUUCCACCAGAAUUCGGUAACAUCAUCAGUUUGGAGAGAUUUUUCAUUUCUGCAAAUGACAUCACAGGAGAGUUGCCUUCAACCUUUUCCAGGCUCACAAAUAUGACAGAUUUCCGAAUUGACGGGACCAAUAUCUCAGGAAGAAUACCCAGUUUCAUAAAAAAUUGGCAACGGGUCAACAGAAUAGACAUGCAGGGUACCUUGAUGAGUGGGCCUAUUCCUCCAGAAAUUUCUUUGUUGAACAACUUAACAGAACUGAGAGUGACUGAUUUGAGUGGACCGAGCAUGAAAUUUCCUCCCUUACAAAAUGCACAGCACCUUACAAAAGUGGUCCUAAGAAACUGCUCCAUAUAUGGUGAAAUACCACCUUACCUUGGACAGAUGCAGUAUCUAAUACUCAUGGAUCUAAGCUUCAACAAGUUGACUGGUCAAAUUCCACAAAAUUUUGACAGAAUGGUGGCACUACAACUACAAUAUUUGUACUUAAGUGACAACAUGCUGACUGGAGAUUUGCCUGGUUGGAUGUUGAAAAACAAGGCAAGCAACAAAGUAAACAUGGAUGUGUCGUUUAAUAACUUCACGGGUAACCCUCCAAAUGAAUGUCAACAAGCAAACGUAAAUAUGGUUUCAAGUUUUUCAUCCUCAAAUGACAAUCUUUUGCAACCAUGUUUACGAAAGAAUCUUCCCUGCAUGGACAAACCACGCUAUUCCUCCCUAUUUAUUAACUGUGGUGGCAAAAGUGUUGAGGUCAAUGGGAAUAUUUAUGAGGAUGACUCAUCUCGAAUAGGAACAUCAACUUUUGUUUUAUCAAAUGACAGAAAAUGGGCCUAUAGUAGUACAGGAGAUUUUGUGGGUAAUCCAGAUGCUGAUUACAUUGCUAGAAACACAUCAGAACUCACACUGGAUCACCCUGAGUUAUACACUGAAGCUCGCCUCUCACCCCUCUCACUGAAAUACUAUGGAGUCUGCAUGGAAAAUGGUGAAUAUUCUGUAGAACUUCAUUUUGCUGAGAUUGUGUUUACAGAAGAUCAUACUUUUUCCAGCAAUGGCAAGCGCAUUUUUGAUGUUUUUAUCCAGGGUACUAAAGUUUUGAAGGAUUUUAACAUUCAAGAUGAGGCUGGUGGUGUCCAUCGUGUAAUUACAAAAACUUUCACAACCAACAUCACAGAUAAUACAUUGGAAAUUCACUUCUACUGGGCAGGCAAAGGUACCACAGGUGUUCCUGACCGGGGUGUGUAUGGUCCAUUGAUCUCAGCUAUAUCUGUGAUACAAUUAAACAGGAACCAUCAUGGAAUCUCUACUGGAUUGAUGAUUACUAUAAUAGUAGCAGCAUGUUUGAUUGUCAUACUUGCGCUAAUUCUUUGCUAUAUCAAAUUCUUCCGGAAAAAGAAUCUGAAAGGAAAUGGUUUACAAUUCUUUUACCAUGGAAGGAAGACCGAUACUUCAGAUCUUCAGACACGGACACAGUACUUCUUUAGCUUAAAAGAAAUUGAAUCUGCAACGAAAAAUUUUGAUCCUGCAAAUAAAAUUGGUGAGGGUGGCUUUGGACCUGUUUACAAGGGUACACUAGCCAAUGGUACUACAGUUGCUGUUAAGAAACUCUCUUCCCAGUCGAGCCAAGGGAAUCGUGAGUUUUUAAAUGAAAUAGGAAUAAUAUCUGCCCUAAGGCAUCCUAACCUUGUAAGGCUCUUUGGUUGUUGUAUUGAUGGAGAACAGCUACUGCUGAUAUACGAGUUAUUGGAAAACAAUAGUCUUGGUCGUGCACUUUUUGGACGUGGAGAUCAUCAAUUGAAACUAGACUGGCCAAAACGAUAUAAUAUCUGCCUUGGAACAGCAAAAGGCUUGUGCUAUCUCCAUGAAGAAUCAACAUUGAAAAUCAUCCAUAGAGAUAUUAAACCAUCAAAUAUUCUUCUUGAUGAAAGACUGCAACCGAAAAUAUCUGAUUUUGGUUUGGCUAAACUGAAUGAUGACCGUGGGCGUAUGAGCACUCGGAUAGCUGGAACAGUUGGAUACAUGGCACCUGAGUAUGCCACGAGAGGUUGCUUGACAUGUAAAGCAGAUGUAUACAGUUUUGGAGUGGUGACAUUAGAGAUUGUUAGUGGAAUGAGCAAUACAAGUAGCAUGUCAGAUGACGAAUAUCUCCAUCUUCUUGACUGGGCUGAAAGAUUGAAGCAGGAAGGGAGACUACUGGAAAUCGUUGACCAGCGUCUUGGUUCUCACUACUCUCAAGAAGAAGCACUUAGGAUGCUCAAUGUAGCUCUUCUAUGCACAAACACAUCACCUGUUCAGAGGCCAAGAAUGUCUUCGGUGGUGAGCAUGCUCUGUGGCCAAGCCCCUCUAGAGGUUGUACCUGAUGAAGAUUUGAGUGGAUACAUCAGGCCCAGUUACUCCCAAUCCAAUCAAUCCAUGAACAACAGCCUAACGGAGUGGUCCUACGCGCCAUCGAGCGAUCCUUCGAUCUUGCUGCAGAACAGUAUGGAGAGUGGUUACCUCCCAUCUUCAAGCUCCCCUUCUUCAAAGCUGUGAGCUGCAGCACCAGGAUUAGCUAGGAUGAAAUGUUGGCAAUUGUUUUGAGCCCAAUGCAGCAACUGUACAUAUGCAUAUGCAUUUGCUCUGUCUGUAAUCCCCUGUAGUUUGGCAUUCUGUCAGUUGUCCUCAGCCUUCUCAUCCAUGGCAUAUGACAAUUGAUAUCAAUGAUGCAUUGCCAUGAUGAUAUAUUCUUCACAAGGGGACUGGAAGCAGAUAUUGGAAUCUGAUGCUGCUGAUGUGAUGGUACAUAUGAAUUGAGCAACUUCUCAGGGGCACCACUUGAGUUUCUUGUUUGUUAGCCUUGGUCAUCAUGUAUCUAGUAAAUGCAAUGUACAACUAAUCUGUGCAAAUGUGGAUAUCUAGUAAGUUUUUUUUUUCUUUUCUUUUCUAGCUAGGAAGGUUAUUGUUUGGUGGGCAAGUAGAGAAGACAUGUAACAUAAUAACAGUUCAGUGCAAACUAGUUUCUGCCCUUGUUAACUUAAAAAAGAAGGAAAAAGUACACUCAA